AUGCAUGGCUUGCAGUCCGAGUUCUACGGGUAUUGGAUGCAAGAAUUUCCCGACCUAGGAGUUUCGACUGACCGUACCCGGGUCUUCCGAACAUGCCGUUCUAUCCGUCGGAUGCGCACUUGCGGCCCGCGCACAGAGCGGUUCUAUCUGCCUAGACAGAAGACCAGAGCAAAAAUCAACCCACACCAGGAAGAAAUGGACGCCGAUAUUCUCAUCCGAGCCAAAUGCGUGGUGACACUUUAUCCUGAAGACUCGGAGCUCCAGGCCAUCUCCAUCCGCAACGGCUACAUCGCCGCCGUGUCUGGAGAUGCACAUGGCCUCGAUGAUUGCGUGGGGCCGAACACGCUCGUCAUUGAUGAGCGUGACAGUACUGUGCUCCCAGCCCUCGACGAUACGCAUACGCAUCUCAUGGUUGCUGGGCUUAGCCAGUUAGACGUCCCUGUGCACACGGCCCGCAGCGUCGACGAGAUGCUCACCAUGCUCGGCAAGCGUGCGGCCGAGGUCGAAGCCGGCAGCUGGAUCACGACGACGUGGAACUGGCUGGAAUACAACCUCGAGGAACAGCGCCUCCCGACGGCACAGGAGCUGGAUAAGGUCAGCGUGGCUCAUCCCAUUGCGGUGCGGCGAGGCGGGCACAACCUCGUUGCGAACUCGCUCGCGCUCAAGCUUGGCGGCAUCACGGCCGACAUGGCCAGUCCAGCUGGUGGCAAGAUCGGACGAGACGACGACGGCCGGUUGGAUGGCCAUCUCCAGGAUGCCGCCAUGGCCGGUAUCAUGAGCAUCAUGCCAGCUCCGAGCCUGAGCAAGCGCAUGGCCGGCAUCGAGCAAGCCUCAGCUUCAUAUGCUGCAACGGGCAUCGGCUGCGUGCGCGAUUGCGCGGUGCCCGUCGAGGAUCUUGACAUGCUGAAGCGCACCCACGAUGCUGGCAAGUUGCAUGUGACGAAGCUGCUGGACAAGAUGGAGGCGUGGCGCCAUCUGCAGUUUGAUCCAUGGCUCUCCGUCUGGGGCGUCAAGUUCAUCUUGGACGGUGGACUUGAAGCCAACGCCACCGAGGAGCCCUACAUUGGCCGUCCGGACGUGGGAUGCUGCGGUGGCGAUGUGGGCAACUAUCGCGGCACGCUGAUCUGGGACCCAGAUGAGCUCUUUCAGGCCAUGGACAUAGUCGUCCGGAGCGGCUGGCGCAUCGGAACCCAUGCCUUUGGAGAUCGUGCCGUCCGGGUAUUGCUUGAUGUCUACGAGCGGUUGCUACGCCAUCACCCGCAUCUCCCUCCCAAUACUCUUGUCAUGGAGCACGGUGGCCUCGCGACGCCUGAACAGCGCUCUCGAGCCAUUAGCCUGGGAAUCCCCUGCACAAUCCAGCAUCCGUUGAUCCAUGAAGCUGCGGCUUUCGAGACGCUGUAUCUUGGCAAAGAGAGGGUCGCCCGCUGCUUCCCGGCACGAGGCUGGCUGGAUGCCGGUGGCCUUGUGGCCGGCGGCUCUGACUAUCCCGUAGGCGUCUACGGCCCCAUGCGCUCCGUCUGGGGAAUGACGACGCGUCAAACCGUUGCAGGCAUCAUGGGACCCGAGCAUGCCAUACCCGUCGAAGAGGCCAUCGCCAUGCACACAACGCUUGCCACUACCCUGCUGGGAGAGUCCGAUACAAGGGGGACAAUCGCUCCGGGCCGCUUUGCUGAUUUGACCAUUUGGCCUUGGAAUCCCCUGACUGCACAAGAUCCGAGUGACUUGCGGGAUCUGCUCCCUCUCUAUACAAUAGUCGGUGGUAAACUGAAGCAUAGUCCGACAAAGGGCGAUGAAGUCUUUUACCGUCGUCCGGACGGUGAGUAAGAAAAUCUAUGUUAAGAUUGCGGAUACCGGACCACAAUUACCUAGGCAUAGAAUAUUCCAGAUCUUAAAACAUAUUCAAACAUGGUCGCCUAUUCCAGGCGGCGCCAUCACCUGCAUAACGAGGGGCAUUAUUUAGCGAUAGGAGUACGAUUGUGUUGGAUAGCUUAGGUGACCGGGAAAGGACAUUACUGCCGCCCAUAUUCUUACACACGACAUCUUGGAGCCCUGGUGUUCCAUGCCUCCAACUCAGCAACAGCGGGCUAUUCUAGACAAGCCUCCAGCUUAGCCACACUUGCCUUUCGGCGGCUUAGGAGUCCCAGGUAUGAAAGCAGCAGACGUCUGGCACCAG